AUGCUUUAUACUUCCGGACAACCCGUCGGGCGCCGAAGUCCAGGAGGGCUCCAAUCAGUGGCGCGCAGACGCGUCAUCGCCCAGAACCCUGCGAGUUGGGGACGCCACCAGCUUUCCUCCCCUCGGUCGCCGCCCUCCCAGCUGCAGUCCCCUCAGUCACCUCUUUCUCUCUCCUCUCCAGCUGUCCUCCCUUCCCAAUCUCUACCGGAGAGCCGCUCCCCGCCCCCAGCCGUUCUCCGUGAGAGGAAAAGGAGGCAGGCGAUUACUGAGAAGACAAACCUCAAGUCGAUGGCCGGGAACUCAGAGGUACCAAAGGCCCGGCGGGAGGAGCCCAAAUUCGGCCGCCCCACGUGGGCCCCGCGAGACCAGGCUGGAGAGACCGCUGAACCCCAGGCGUCUACCCUUUUGCAGCGUGGCGGCUACAGGAACGCAACGCCUGAGGGCACCCUCAUGGUCUCCUCCCCAGUGAGAAGAGCCUUCCCUCCCCCCUCUCAGCGCAGAUCCAAGUCUGCACUCCCAUCCCCAGCAGCUGUGGCAGAAGGUCACCUAGCACGCAGGACUCUGCGGGAUCCACUCAGAGACCCGGCGCCCAAGGAUUCGAGAGCAGCCACUGGAGCAGCAUUAAGCUCAAAGUCCGCCACCGUGCAGGGAGCGCUUCCAGUCGUUGAGGAAAGGAGAGUGCGAGUUGGUCCCCGACCCUACCCACACUCCGCGAGUCCCCUCGCGCCCUGGCAGUUGCAGAGUCUAUGGGUGGGCGAAAUCAUUUGGGGGCACUUUGCGCCCUGGCAGGGUGAAGGGAAUGUGCGCUCCAUUUCCCCUGGCCUCCGGGGCAUCCUGGCUCUUCUCAUUGCCAUGAUGACAUCAAAUCAGUUCUAUCAUCUGGCAAAGGAGACCGGUUACCGCUCCCGUUCUACUUUCAAGCUCAUCCAGUUAAAUCGCCACUUUCAGUCGCAGAAAACCGGAGCCCUGCUGGACCUGUGUGCUGCGCCAGGGGGAUGGUUGCAGGCGGCUGCUAUGCCUGUAUCCAGCCUUAUUGUGGGAGUGAACCUGGUUCCAAUCAAGCCUCUUCCCAAUGUGGUGACACUGCAGGAGGACAUCACAAUGGAACGCUGAAGGCAGGCCCUGAGGAAGGAGCUGAAGACCUGGAAAGUUGAUGUUGUGCUCAAUGAUAGGGCCCUCAACGUUGGGGCCAGCUGGGUCCAUGAUGCUUACUCACAAGCCCAUUUGACACUGAUGGCUCUGUGUUUGGCUUGUGAUUUUCUGGCCUGUGGUGGCUGCUUCAUCACAAAGGUCUUCCGCUCUUGUGACUAUCAGCCCCUGCUGUGGAUCUUCCAGCAGCUCUUUCGCCGUGUUGAAUCUGCAGAGAUCUUUGUAGUCUGCCAGGGGUUCCUGGCUCCUGACAAGGUCGACAGUAAAUUCUUUGACCCCAAAUUUGCCUUCAAGGAGAUUGAAGUUCAGGCCAAGACUGUUACCGAAUUGGUGACUAAGAAGCCAAAGGCUGAAAAAAAAAAAAAGAAGCCAAAGGCUGAAGGCUACGCUGAGGGCGACCUGACCCUUUAUCAUAGAACUUCAGUCACUGACUUCCUCCGAGCUGCCAACCCUGUUGACUUUCUCUCCAAAGCCAGCAAAAUCUCACUAGAUGAUGAGGAGUUGGCACAGCACCCCGCUACCACUGAGGACGUGCAGGCCUGCUGUCAGGAUAUCAAAGUGCUGGGGCACAAGGAGCUUAGGUCCUUACUGAACUGGAGAACAAAGCUCUGGCAGCACGUGGCCAAGAAAGAGCAGGUGAAGGCACUGGACAUCAGUCUCAGCUCCGGAGAGGAAGAGGAGGAGACCAAUGAGGAGUCAGUGGUUGGGACUGUGAGGCAGCCCUCUAAGGAGGAAGAGGAGGAGGAACAACUAGACCACCUGGUGGAGAUGAAGGCCCAGGAGGUGGCGGAAUUAAAGAGGAAGAAGAAGAAGCUGUUGCGUGAGCAAAGAAAACAGUGUGAGCGAGUUGAGCUGAAGAUGGAUCUUCCUGGGGUUUCUAUUGCAGAUGAGGGGGAGACUGGCAUGUUCUCCCUGCACACCAUCCGGGGCCACCAGUUGUUAGAGGAGGUAACACAAGGAGAUAUGAGUGCUGCAGACACCUUUCUGUCUGAUAUGCCAAGGGAUGACACUUGUGUAUCAGAUGUUGAGGAUGAUGACACCUCCCUGCAUAGUGACUUGGAUCCACAGCAGCUGGCAGGAGUUGCAGGGUCUCUGCGUCUAAAGGACCAAAAGCAUGUACGAUUGGUUGAAAUAGAAGAUGGUGAAAAAGAGGAAGGGGAGGAGAAUCUGCUGCUGGUACCACUGGAGGAAAAGACGGUGCUGCAGGAAGAACAAGCCAAUCUCUGGUUCUCUAAGGACGGCUUCAGUGGGAUUGAGGAUGAUGCGGACGCGGCCCUGGAGAUCAGUCAAGCCCAGCUGCUGUAUGAGGGCCACCAGAAGUGGCAGCAGCCGCCGCCACCUUCCUGUUUGAAGACGGAGGAGAGACCUCCCCAGUGCCAGGAGGAGCUGACAGGGGCAGGGGCUCCGUCGGACGCAGAGGCCACCAACAGGCCUGACAGGGAAGGAAGAGAUGGCAGCUCAGACAGCGAUAGCGACAGCAGCAGCGAGGAGGGAGACUGUUGGGAACCAAAGCGUGAAAAGAAGUGAAGCCGUGGGCCUAAAUCAGAUGACAACGGGUUUGAGAUUGUGCCCAUCGAGGAUCCAAUGAAACAUCGGAUACUAGACCCUGAAGGCCUUGCCCUAGGUGCUGUUAUUGCUUCUUCCAAAAAGGCUAAACGGGACCUCAUAGAUAAUUUCUUCAGCAGGUAUAUGUUUAAUGAGGAGGAGGGGGAGCUUCCGGAGUGGUUUGUGCAGGAGGAAAAGCAGCACAGAAUACGGCAGCUGCCCAUCGACAAGAAGGAGGUGGAACACUACCGCAGACGCUGGAGGGAAAUCAACACACGUCCCAUCAAGAAAGUGGCUGAGACCAAAGCCAGAAAGAAGCGGAGGAUGCUGAAGAAGCUGGAGCAAACCAAGAAGAAGGCAGAGGCUGUGGUGAACACCGUGGACAUCUCCGAAUGAGAGAAAGUGGCUCAGCUUCGGAACCUCUACAAGAAGGCUGGGCUCAGCAAGGAGAAGCGCCAAGUCACCUACGUUGUAGCCAAAAAAGGUGUGGGCCGCAAAGUGCGCCGGCCAGCCGGAGUCAGAGAGCAUUUCAAGGUGGUGGACUCCAGGAUGAAGAAAGACCAAAGAGCACAGCAAAGGAAAGAACAGAAGAAAAAACACCGAUGGUAG